AUGAAUUACGCUCGGUUCCUCACCGCUGUUAGUGCUGCAAGGAAACCUUCGCCAAUCAGAAUGCUAACUGAGCUGCAACAGCGCUCGCCCCCAUCGCUGAUUUCACUGGCAGGUGGGGCACCCAACCCCGACACCUUCCCCUUCGAGUCAGCUGUCAUCAAGGUCAAGAACGGUCCGGCGGUCACCUUCAGCCAAGCAACUAUGAAAAGGGCCCUCCAGUACUCCGCCUCCAACGGAAUCCCUGAGUUGCUGACAUGGAUGAAAAACCUGCAGAAGGACCUCCACAACCCACCGACAGCUGCAUACUCACCUGAGAAAGGACAGAUGGACAUGUGCGUGACCACCGGGAGCCAGGAGGGACUCUGCAAAGUUUUUGAGAUGCUGGUCAACCCUGGAGAUGACGUCCUCCUGGACUCUCCGACCUACCCCGGAACACUGGCGGCGCUCCAGCCGUUAGGUUGCAACAUUGUCAACGUCCCCAGCGAUCAGCACGGCAUGAUACCGGCGGCCCUCAAGGAGGUCUUGUCCCGUUGGGACCCGUCAGACAGCCGGCGGCCCAAAGUCCUCUACACGAUUCCCAACGGGGGGAACCCUACAGGAGCUUCCAUGACUGCGCAGAGGAAGAAGGAAGUCUAUGAGCUCGCGAGAAUUUACGACAUGCUCAUCAUCGAGGACGACCCCUACUACUUCCUGCAGUUUGACAAACCUUGGGCACCCACCUUUCUCUCCAUGGAUGUAGACGGACGCAUCAUCAGAACAGACUCCUUCUCCAAGAUCCUGUCCUCGGGCUUAAGGAUCGGAUUUGUGACGGGACCCAAACCGCUGGUGGAGAGGGUGGUGCUGCACAUUCAAGCGUCCACCAUGCACACCAGCACCUUCACACAGCUUAUGGUGUCACAAGUGUUGCACAGCUGGGGCCAGGAGGGCUUUCUUCAACAAAUAGACAGAGUGAUAGAGUUCUACAGAAAACAGCGGGAUGCCAUGGUUAGUUCUGCUCACAAGUGGCUCACAGGUUUGGCUAAGUGGCACGCCCCUUCGGCGGGGAUGUUCCUGUGGCUGGAGCUCACGGGCAUCCGUGACACCCGGCAGCUCAUUGUGGAGAAGGCCUUGGAGAAAGAGGUGCUGCUGGUUCCAGGAGAUGUUUUCUUGAUCAACAGCGACGAGCCGUGUCCUUAUGUCAGGGCGGCGUUUUCGUUGGCCACCCCCGAACAGAUUGAUGAAGCUUUCCGACGCCUUGCCAAUCUCAUCAGAGAAGCUGCGUGA